AUGAGUGUCGACUCGGUGCUCGUCGACUCAUUUGUACAGCUGUCGAACCACUUCGCCACGGGUUCCAACGAUACAGAAUCGAUCAGUUCAAUGACUGAUCUCUGGGAAAAGCAAGGAGGAUUAAUCGCCAACAUUAUGCAGUGCGAUACAAAAGAAUUCCGCAAUUCGGAUCUGUUCUACGAGGUCUUGUACAGAAAGAUGAGUAUGGUCAAUGGGUCACUGGCGGAGGCGUUGGAUCCCAAAGCGGCUGCGAAAGGAAAUCUUCUCGAAAUCUGCAAGUUCUACGCCUUGUUCCUCGAGUUUCUUCGCAAGGACCACUCGAAAUGGCUGACGAACGUCCUCGAAAAACUUGCAACAGAUAUAGGAUUCAACAGCACCAUUCUCCUCGACAUGUUCGCCUAUUUCGACAAUCUUUAUUCACAAGAUAGCGUCGAGGACUGGUGGAGUUUUUUGAUUCGACCUGAGCAUGCAGAAGUGUUGAGUGGGAUGAGGACACCUCCACGGAACAAUUUCAACAACAGCACUUUUGUGACACCCACAGCAACUGCACGUCGUCUUCGAACAGCCGCAACAUCCGCCAGAAGAAGUCCCAUAGCUGAUGCUGUUGAUUCCCCGACAAUGAAGUUCAUGAGAAUCGAGCGAGAACUGAAGCAAGCUCAACGACAGAUGCUUCAGGCAGAGCAACACGUGGAGGAGUUGGAGCGAGAGAACCGAGAGCUGAAGACCGAGAGUCGAACGAUAAAGAUCGCUAUCGAUGCUCUCAAACAAGAAGUGGCUGGGAAGCGAGAUAACGCAGAACUCGCGGAAGAACGUGUUCAAACGAUGACCGCCGAAAUAGAAUCAAAACAACUCGAAGUGGAAGCGCUCACUAAGCAACUCGCCGAAAGUUGUACAACGCUCAGAAGUGAGCAACGGCAUCUGGAGGAAUUAGAGAAGGAGAAAGACAAGCUCGCUUCGAAACUCGCCACGACUACAGAAUCUCUGGAAAAGUGCAUGAAAGAGAUGCGCAAACUUCGUGACACCAACGAAAUGGAAUUCCAAGGAUAUCAGAAGAAGGAAAGCGAUCUCGAAGAGCAGCUCCGAUCUGCGCUUGAAGAGAAUCGAGGCAUGGCUGACCAUCUGAACAGUUUGGAGGAGCUCAAGUCGAAUCUUCAUGGCGAGAACAAGAGAUUGACGAGUACAGUCGAGUCGUUGAGUCUGGAAUCUGCGCGAAACAGACAAGAAGCUGACAAUGCGAAGACUGAAUUGGGCGAACAGAGAGAACGAUUCCAGGCGCAGCUGGAGAAAUGUCAGCAAGAGUAUACGGAGCGAGCGAAGAUGACCGGCUCCAUGGUUGAACGCCUCCGAAACGAGUUGGAAGAGGCGAAGUCUGAGGAGAAUGGAAUGCAGAAAGUUCUAGACGAACUGAAUGAGAAGGUGUUGAACACGGACAUGGCGAAUCAUCAGAACUCCGAAGGAUUCUUAUCGGCGAAGGCAUGUCUCGACGGUGCAAAGAAGAAAAUAGAAGAACUUCAAGUUGAUGUGAAGGGAAAAGAAGCGAUGAAUCUGGUGCUAUCUCAACAGUUAGAACGAACCAAGGAUAUUCUGAAGAAUGAGCAAUUGAUCCGAGAUGCGUCAACUGCACAGUUCAAUGAUCGGUACUCCAAACUGCAGAAGUCUUUGGAAGAAAAGACGAAAGAAAUAGAACUGUUGAGAGAGAAUAUGGAGAACAUAGUUCUCAAACACCAGAAGGAGAUAGCCCAACACGAAGCAGAGAUGAAAGAGUGCCGAGAGCAAAACGAAAAGCUCGUCGAGAAACUUGAGUCGAUGACCACUAUCAAAUCGGAAGUUGAGCAGAAGAAGUGCUACUUGGAGGAAAGAAUCAAACUUCUCGAAGAAGACCCUCCAUCGCCCAUCGAACGAUCAGAAACUCCAGACAGCCUCGUCGAAUACCUCUCGAAAGAAGGUCCGCUCGAAACCGAGGAGGAGUUGCGGAGAAACGUCGAGCAGACGCCGCGGAAGUCUGUCGCAUUCAGUAUUGAUAUGGAUUGCAGCGAUACUAUCAGAGGAACUCCGAUUGGAUUCAAGUGCAAUCCACGUGAGUCGAUCUGCUCCAACUUCGACUUGUUCGAGCGAUGCUCUACCGCCCGCUCUUCGAUGCGCUCCGAAACAAAUACAAUCGCUUCAACGUCGGAAUUCAAGCCACCAUACACUCCAACAGGCACCACGAAGGAAAGAAUCGGAAUCUUGACGUCUCGAAACGAGAAAGUGAAGCCACACCUGCAAAGCUCGUACGUCGUCGAAAUGGCCGACGUGAACUCGCCAUCAGCCGAUGAGGAAAAUGUCCGAAAGGGAGGAGGAGUGGAGAAAAAGAAGAGGCGCAACUCCAUCUUCGCCUUCAAGAAACAUUAG